GCCGUUGCGCGUGCCGCACAUGCGGUCCCAGCCGCAGCGUGAGUCGCAGGGUGGAGAAGCGCAUACGCCGUUGAUGCAGUCUUUUCCUGCGCCGCAUUGGUUGCCGCAGCGACCGCAGUGGUUGAGGUCGUUCUUGGUGUCACGGCAGCCGCCGUCGCAAAAUUCAACCCCUGGUCCGCCGCAGAGAGGGGGCGUGGGUGUGGGCGUUGCAGAGGUUGUGGAUGCGCUGGAUUGGGACGAGGAUGUGGUACCUGUGGAGGAUUCGGAGAGGGUGCUGCUCGCUGAGGAACUUGAGGUAUCGGAUGACGAGGUAGUAGUACUGAAGGAUUUGGUCGAAGUGGUCAGGGAGGUUGAAGUCGUGGUGGUCUGAGAUGUGCUGCUGGCUAAUGAAGAUGUGAUGCUACUACUGGAAGACUCGGAUAAAGUACUACUAGCUGAGGUACUUGAAGCGCUGGAUGACGGACUAGUACUACUGGAAGAUUCGGUCGAGGUAGCCCUGCUGGAUAGGGAAGUUGAAGUGGUGCUGAGUGAGGAUGAGGAUGCAGUGCUGCUGACCGAUGAAGAUGGAAUAGUACUACUGGAAGAUUCGGACAGAGUACUGCUAGUUGAGGAGCUUGAAACGCUAGAUAGUGAAGUAGUACUGCUAAACGAUUCGGUCGAGGUAGCGCUGCUCGACGAAGAACUGGUUAUAGUGCCGAAAGAGGAGGAAGAGGUGAUGCUAGACGAACUACUCAAAGUAGACGAGCCACUUGAGGAGGUGCUAGAGGUUCCGCUGGAGCUAGAGAAAGUAGAGAAACUGCUUGAAGUCAUCGAGGGGUCGCUUGAGGUUCUAGAAGAGCUACUAGAGAAUGUAGACGAGUGGCUCAAAGUCGUUGGUGUAGCACAUGAGGUGCUUGAAGUUGUAGCCGGAUGA